AUGGCAGAGGAAAAUUUGGACUAAAUAAUUGAUAUGCCAGAAUAAUCUGACAUGAUCAAUGAUGCUAGAACUUAAGCCAGAUAUGCAGUAGAACAUUUUAAAGUUGAAUCUUAAAUCUCUAAUUAUAUCAAGAAGUUUUUUGAUGAGAAAUAUGGUCCUAAUUGGCAUUGUGUUGUUGGAAAGCAUUUCAAUUCAUACUCUUCAUAUGAAAGCAAACGUUAUAUGUUUUUUUAUGAAGGAUAGAUGGCAAUUUUACUUUAUAAGAUGGGUUGA